AUGUCUAUACCAUUUGCCAAAUUCCCCUUGCUGGUCCAAUUGAAGGUGCUAAAACAGCUCGAGUACCCAGAGCUGUUCUGGUUGAGUGUUUGCUCGGAAAAAAUGAAAAAAACGAUGAAAUACGUAGACAUGAGAGCUGAAAAGAUAGCGUACUCACUUGAUGACGACAAGUACGGGGUCUAUGUGGAAUACCGUGAGAAGAAAUGGCAUAUGGCAGAGAUCAAAAUUGUACGUCGUCUUUAUAAGAAUAAGAAGAUAGUGAAAGUUAAUUUAGGAGGAGAGCAGUUGGAAUGCGUGUGUCUCAAAGGAUUCCGAGAAGAUCGGAUCGCUUGGAGUCUGUCAUUUAUCGAAUCUCCGGAUAAUUCUCUUGUCACUUUGUUUUACAACCAUAUCUCAUCAUUAAUCCAGAACACUCCACAGAGCGUUCAAUUAGGCAUUCACUCUGUCGAUUUGUUUCCAAGUCUUGACAUCAUAAAGAAUGUCACUGAUAUCAUCACGACCCAUUGGGACCCUAACACGACGAGUCUUGAAAACUACUUGACAAACCAACCACUCGUGGAGAGUAUCCACAUCGACUCGGGACUAUCCGGACCACCAUUCACAAGUGAAUCAAAAGUGAUGAAAAUCAAAGGGGUCGGCAUCCACUUGGCUCUCGAAAUGACGUCUUCUGCCUUGGAGAACUUUGACGGUAGCCAUCUGGCUAUAAGGAAUGGAGAGUGGAAUCUGGAAACCUGGAGAUCACUUAUUCGAAAAUGGAAGAACAAGGAGGCUUACGGUAAUCUGGUGGGCAUUUUCGCCAAUCUUUCUCAUGAUAUCCCGGCGGAGUUUCGUAGAGCAGAGUUCUUGGAAGAAAUUGGAGCAGUGAUGUUUGAUGGACAGAGAAGACCGCAGCGUUUCAAUUGGGAUUCGAGGAUAAUGUACUACAAUGAAAUGGUAUUCGACUGCUUACAUUACAAGGAUAUCCAACAAAACGGUAAUGGAAAAUGGGCGUCGAUUGCAUUUGGACGCAAUCAAGUACGAUUCUUUGUUUGGAGCUGA